AUGAAACAUCCAUUUCAGAUAUUAACAGCUAAUAAAAAAGGUACUCAUAUCUUUGCAAUUGUGAAGAAUUAUUUACAAGUUUUCGAUAUUUCUAAUGGUUCAAAAGUAGGUGAAUGGCAAGAUACCACUGAAACAAAUCAUCCUAAAGUUCAAAUUGAAAAACGUACUGGUAGACAAAUAUCAACACAACAAAUUCAUAAUCAUCUUAGAUAUUUAAUUCUUACUCCUGAUGAAACUCAUAUUAUAGCAUCAACUGAUUCUGAUAAAUCAGUUUUAAUUUUCCAUAUAGAUUUUAAUCAAUCUAAUUGUUUAACAUUAAGUAAACGUCAACCGAUUCCUAAACGACCAUGUUCUAUUACUAUUGAUCAAUCAGGAAAUGUUGCUAUUGUUGCCGAUAAAUUUGGUGAUGUAUAUACUGUAUCGAUUGAUUCUAAUGAACCAAUACCGGAAAAAGAUUUACAACCAAUAUUAGGUCAUGUUUCAAUGUUAACUGAUAUAACCAUGGCAAUUCAUAAUAAUAAAGAAUUUCUUAUAACUUCUGAUCGAGAUGAACAUAUUAGAAUAUCCAAUUAUCCUAAAAGUUAUGUAAUAAAACAAUUUUUAUUUGGUCAUGAUGAAUUUGUAUCACAAUUACAUAUCCCGGUGUCAUAUGAUAGAAAUAUUUUGAUUAGUGGAGGAGGUGAUGAUUUUAUAAAUAUUUGGAAAUGGUAUGAAGGUGAAUUAAUAGAAACUAUUGAAUUAAGACAAUAUAUUGAACAAUAUUUAACAAAAGAUCAUCAUUUACCACCAAUUAGAUUUAGAACUGAAACUUCACCAAAAGAAAUAUCAAUUGCUAAAAUAAGAACUUUGAAAAUUGAAACUAAUCAAUUAUUAUUAAUUGUUUUAGUUGAAAAUACUCCAUUAUUAUUAGUAUUUAGUCUUGAUCUUGAUGAUUCUUUCAAAGCUAAUUUUUUACAAAAAAUCAUUAUUGAUGAUGGUGAUGAAUCAAUUAUUGAUUUUGCAAUUGCUGGUAAAACAAUUGUCACUUCUUUAGAAUCAGAAAAUUCUAUAAAAUAUUUCACUUUACAAGAAGAAGGAGAUGGAAGAUUUUGUGAAACUAAAGGACCAAAUAUUGAACAAUUCAUUCCAUUUGAUGUUGAACAAAAACUGGAUUUUCAACAAUUAUACACCAUUUUCCAAUUAAGAAAAAGAAGUGACAGUUAA